AUGAGAAGCUUCAACUUUGGAUUCAGUCUUGGACUCUUGAUCUCUUCGUCAUGCAUUACUGCUUUGCCUACAGACGUCGAGUCGUUAGAUAAGCGUCAAGCUGACGACUCCCAUUGGGUUGCUACGUGGACCUCUAUGCCACAACUUGUCGAGCCCGCCAAUCUGCCCCCUUCACCUUUCCAAGGCGGCGCAGUGUUCAAAGAUGCCACUCUCCGUCAAACUCUUCAUGUAUCAAUCGGCGCUGAAAGGAUUCGGUUCCAGAUCUCCAACACCUUUGGCGGUAGCGACCUUCCUAUAACGGCCGCUUCUGUGUCCCUACCCACCGGCGGCAAAGCCGGCGUUAACAGUAUCGACACCACAACGCUGAAGGGACUUACCUUCAACGGCUCAGCAUCUGUUAUAGUUCCAAGGGGCCAAGUUGUGUAUACUGAUGCUGUGGACUUCAAGAUUCAACCUCAAUCAAUGAUCACAGUUGACUUGUAUUCACAAGACGGACAACCUGGGAGCAGUAUCACAGGACAUCCUGGAAGUCGAACCACCUCGUGGAUGCAGCAAGGAAACCAUUUGAACGCUUCAACAGUUACUGGUGCAAACACGAAGCAUUGGUACUUCUUGACGGCAGUUGAGGCAUGGGCACCGAAGACAACAUCGGCUCUUGUUAUUCUAGGUGACAGUAUUACGGAUGGUCGUGGGAGUACUGACGAUGCCAAUAACCGCUGGCCCGAUCUCGUGCUCGCCAACAUGCAGAAAGCCGGUCUGACAACCAUCGGGGUGAACAACCAAGCUGCGGGCGGUAACACCGUCCUCGCCGGUGGUCUCGGUCCUCCCCUGAUGCAACGAUAUAAACGUGACGCACUCGAAGUGGCUGGGGUCAAAUAUGUGCUUAUUUUCGAAGGCGUAAACGACAUCGGGGGUGGUGGCACUGAUUCGGGCUCCCAGCAACGCAUUGGGGACCAGCUCAUCUCAUCCUUCAAGCAGAUCGCAUCCGAUGCUCACAAGACCGGUCUACUUGUCUUCGGAGCUACCAUCACACCCUUUGGUGGGAACGGUCAGAGUUACAGUAACCCAACGAGGGAUGCCACAAGGCAGCGGGUCAACACGUGGAUUCUUGGUGGUGGGGAGGGCAGCUUCGACGGUACAGUCGACUUUGCAAAAACUGUAGCUGAUGGCACCAACGCGGCGAACUUGGCCAGCAGGUACGAUGGUGGAGAUCAUUUGCAUCCCAAUGUGGCGGGAUACCAGGCUAUGGCCGAUACAUUUCCGUUGGCGUUACUUCGUGGCAAUGCCAGCACGACUGCAUAA